UUCCUCCUCAUUAAAGGUCCCAGUCAGUUCCUCCUCAUUAAAGGUCUCAGUCAGUUCCUCCUCAUUAAAGGUCCCAGUCAGUUCCUCCUCAUUAAAGGUCUCAGUCAGUUCCUCCUCGUUAAAGGUCUCAGUCAGUUCCUCCUCAUUAAAGGUCUCAGUCAGUUCCUCCUCAUUAAAGGUCCCAGUCAGUUCCUCCUCAUUAAAGGUCUCAGUCAGUUCCUCCUCAUUAAAGGUCUCAGUCAGUUCCUCCUCAUUAAAGGUCCCAGUCAGUUCCUCCUCAUUAAAGGUCCCAGUCAGUUCCUCCUCAUUAAAAGGGCCCAGUCCCGUUCCUCCUCUUUAAAGGUCUCAGUCAGUUCCUCCUCAUUAAAGGUCCCAGUCAGUUCCUCCGCAUUAAAGGUCUCAGUCAGUUCCUCCUCAUUAAAGGUCCCAGUCAGUUCCUCCCCAUUAAAGGUCCCAGUCAGUUCCUCCUCAUUAAAGGUCCCAGUCAGUUCCUCCUCAUUAAAGGUCUCAGUCAGUUCCUCCUCAUUAAAGGUCCCAGUCAGUUCCUCCUCAUUAAAGGUCUCAGUCAGUUCCUCCUCAUUAAAGGUCUCAGUCAGUUCCUCCUCAUUAAAGGUCUCAGUCAGUUCCUCCUCAUUAAAGGUCUCAGUCAGUUCCUCCUCAUUAAAGGUCUCAGUCAGUUCCUCCCCAUUAAAGGUCCCAGUCAGUUCCUCCUCAUUAAAGGUCUCAGUCAGUUCCUCCUCAUUAAAGGUCCCAGUCAGUUCCUCCUCUUUAAAGGCCCCAGUCAGUUCCUCCUCUUUAAAGGUCCCAGUCAGUUCCUCCUCAUUAAAGGUCUCAGUCAGUUCCUCCUCAUUAAAGGUCUCAGUCAGUUCCUCCUCAUUAAAGGUCCCAGUCAGUUCCUCCUCAUUAAAGGUCCCAGUCAGUUCCUCCUCAUUAAAGGUCCCAGUCAGUUCCUCCUCAUUAAAGGUCUCAGUCAGUUCCUCCCCAUUAAAGGUCCCAGUCAGUUCCUCCUCAUUAAAGGUCUCAGUCAGUUCCUCCUCAUUAAAGGUCCCAGUCAGUUCCUCCUCUUUAAAGGCCCCAGUCAGUUCCUCCUCUUUAAAGGUCCCAGUCAGUUCCUCCUCAUUAAAGGUCUC